ACUGACACGAACGUCGCGACCUUCGGACUAUAAUAUAAAAUGGAACUCAGAGAUAAAUGAAACAUCGAAACGCGCAUGUAAUGUGCAGCUAACAAUAUUCGCUUUACAGAUUAUCGUAGUUACUUUUGACAUGAGAUUGCUUUCGAACUUCGUCGUAGAUGUGUACAAACACCUGACAAUAGGUGGCAACCUGCCGAACUGUUCUAUUAGUUUAAGGAAAAUGGCGACCGAGGUGGAGAAGGCACAGUCCGCUGCGCCAACAGGUGAUACAAUAUUUGGGAAAAUAUUACGUAAAGAAAUCCCAUGCAACUUUAUUUACGAGGACAGCCAGUGCGUCGCAUUUGAUGAUAUAAAUGCUCAAGCACCAGUACACUUUCUGGUAAUUCCACGAAAGCCAAUUUCACAACUCUCUAAUGCUCAAGAUGAAGAUGAACCUUUGCUUGGUCACCUGAUGAAUGUCGCUCAUAAAAUUGCAAAGCAAAAAGGUUUGACAGAUGGGUUUCGUUUAGUCAUCAACGAUGGAAAGCAUGGUGCACAGUCAGUGUAUCAUCUGCAUCUGCAUGUUCUUGGUGGUCGACAGUUGAAGUGGCCUCCUGGCUAAUGUAUUUAUACAUUAAAUGUAUAAAUCUUGAUUUUUCUUAUGAAGUUUUUACUUUCUAUGAAUAAAGUGUAGAAAAAAUAUGGUUGAAGGACAUUGUACAAAAAAUAU